GAAUUACAGUUCAAUGAUUUAAUCAUGUAUAUUGGACUUGGUAGAUCACUAUGAAACAUUAAGGAUUAAUUAAUCCCGUAUCAAAUACUAAGAUUGUUAAAGGGAAUUGGAUAUUAUGAUUGGUCAAUCUGGUAUCAAACACUAAUCUUGAUAAUGAUGAUGCUAGGAGAGGAAAAGGUGAGCAUUUUAGCUCUAAGGGAAGAUAAUUGGUAAGAGAAAGAAAUACCGAAAGAUUAAAUCAUGUAAUCCAUCGUCAAAUGUAUUGCAGAAAGGAAAUUAAAAAAUUAAAGAAAAAGAUAAGAAGAAGAAGAUGAACCCAUGAUAGGAUCAAGUGAUAUUUAUUAUCAGAAAUAUCACUAGAUACUGCUCUUGCAUACAUUAAGAUUUACUAAGAAGAAGAUAAGGAUAAUGGAGACUGAAUACAAGGACCUGAUAAAUAAAGAAGAUAAUGAGAGCGAGAGAGAAGAUAUUAGUUUUGAUAAAAGAAGAAAGGAUAAAAAGAUGAGUAUAUUUUCCGUUAAUUAAGCUACGGAUAAAGAAAGGAGGAAUGUGCAACCGGGGUGCACAAAAUCGGACUCUAAAGUUACUCUUAAAUUCUUGAUAUAAGGGCCAGCCUGUAAAUCCAAGUUCUUACACAAAAACAGUCCAACUACACUAAUUACUGGUCAGCCGGGACAGCUGAUUUAUUUGGAAACGAGACUAGCAGAGUAUUUUGACUCGUAAAAUUAAUAUAAUGGUCCUCUACUAAUUCAAUUAUACACAGUAUAAUCUCACUGCCUUAAAAAUUAAGAUAUUAAUCUUUGUGGUGCUCUACUGCUCUUCACGUCUUCAUCCAUUCCCACUGCAAAAAUAAAUAAAUAAAAAUAUUACUGUAGAUCACUGAAAAUUUAAAAAACUUAAUCUAAUUUCAGACUUAUUCCUACUAAUUCCUCUGUCAAUUCUGUCUCUGUUUUUCUAUUUUGUAUAUUAUUGUUAUUCAUUCAAUCACAUGAGAUAUAUGUGUUUUGGACUGUCUUUUCUAACUUCUAUCUAUCGUAGAUAUAUUAAGAGUUGUAAAGAUCAAGAUCUAAAUAUUCCACUCUUUUUUAGAAAAGAUUUUAUUAUGAGUUUGGAACAACAAGGGUCUUUUGUUUUCUACUGUUUUGAUUUAGAUUCCUUUGUGAAAAAUUAAACAUUUGGGGUUCUUAUUCUGAUCAAGAGUCAAUUUCUCAGUGAGGAAAAAAUUUGAAGCAAGUUUGGGUAUUCUGAUACAGAAAGUAGUAUGGUUUAGGGUUUUUCUGAGGUGGGAUUAUAGUUAGUGGGGUUUUAUCAGAUGUAUUUAUCUGAACUCAAUGAUGGCAUGGAAUUGAAGAAGGAAAAACUAGUCAGGUUCUAUCCUGAUGGAAAACAACAUCAUGACUUACCAUGGGAAAAAUCUGAUGCUAGUCAAAUUGAAACACCAUCACCAGUAUACAAAGUUUCAGCUCCAUUAUUAAAAGCUAAUGGAGGAGGAAGUGAGGGAUUUUAUAAGAAAACAAUAUCUGGGACUUUGAGAUUUGGGAAGUCUAAGGUAUUUCCUGAAGAUCAUGAGCCAUGGAGGAAAAGGAUUUUGGAUCCCGGAAGUGAAGCUGUUUUACAAUGGAAUCGCAUUUUUCUAUUUUCGUGUUUGGUGGCUUUAUUUGUCGAUCCUUUGUAUUUUUAUCUACCUUCUGUUGGGGAUGUGGGAGAUUCUUCGUCUUGUGUGAAGACGGAUAAGAGAUUGAGAGUUGUUGUUACGAUUUUCCGAACUGCAGCAGACUUUUUUUACUUCUUACAUAUGGUUAUAAGAUUUAGGACGGCUUAUGUAGAGCCAAGUACACGAGUAUUUGGAAGGGGUGAACUUGUUAUGGAUCCCAAGAGGAUUGCGAGAAGAUACUUGAGAUCAGAUUUCAUUGUGGAUUUUGCAGCAACGCUACCUCUUCCACAGAUUGUUACCUGGUUUAUCAUACCAGCAAUUAGGAACUCCUAUGCCAAUCAUAACAAUAACGCCCUUGCGUUGAUCGUACUGAUACAGUAUAUACCGAGAUUAUAUCUUAUCUUUCCUUUGAGUUCUCAAAUUAUCAAAGCUACUGGAGUAGUCACAAAGACUGCCUGGGCUGGAGCUGCGUACAAUCUUCUACUGUACAUGUUGGCAAGUCAUGUUCUGGGGGCUUGUUGGUAUUUGUUAUCUAUUGAACGACAUACAACAUGCUGGAAAUCCGAAUGCAAAAAGGAAGGCGCACUUAAAUGUUUUCCAACUUAUUUAGAUUGUGAUGCUUUCAACCAACCCGAACGCAAGAAUUGGGCAAACUUCACCAAUGUGUUUAAUAACUGUGAUGCUUCCGACCCAACUAAGUUCAGAUAUGGCAUAUUUGAAAUUGCUGUGACCAAUAAGGUUGUCUCCUCAAAUUUUAUGGAGAAAUACUUCUAUUGCUUAUGGUGGGGCCUGCAGAACUUGAGUUCGUAUGGGCAGAAUCUUGAAACAAGCACUUAUAUUUGGGAGACUAUAUUCGCAAUAUUCAUCGCCAUAUUUGGAUUGGUUUUAUUUGCCCAUUUGAUUGGGAACAUGCAGACCUAUUUGCAAUCCAUCACUGUGAGACUUGAGGAGUGGAGGCUUAAGCGAAGAGACACUGAAGAGUGGAUGAGGCAUCGUCAACUUCCCCAAGAUCUGCGAGCACGUGUUCGGCGAUUUGUUCAAUACAAGUGGCUUGCAACGCGAGGGGUUGAUGAAGAAGUCAUAUUACAAGCUUUGCCUACUGAUCUUCGUCGAGAUAUCCAACGUCACCUCUGCUUGGACCUUGUUCGACGUGUCCCCUUCUUCUCACAGAUGGAUGACCAGCUUCUUGAUGCUAUAUGUGAGAGGUUAGGGUCAGCUUUAAGCACCGAAGGUACUUAUAUUGUUCGUGAAGGUGACCCUGUGACGGAGAUGCUUUUUAUAAUUAGAGGAAGACUCGAGAGCUCAACUACCAAUGGGGGUAGGACUGGUUUUUUCAAUUCGAUUAUGUUGAGACCAGGGGAUUUUUGUGGUGAGGAGCUACUCGCUUGGGCUUUACUUCCCAAGUCCACUGUGAACUUGCCUUCUUCAACAAGAACAGUUAGAGCCCUAGUUGAAGUAGAAGCAUUUGCACUACGAGCUGAAGAUCUUAAGUUUGUGGCAAAUCAAUUUAGACGUCUCCACAGUAAAAAAUUGCAGCAUACUUUCCGUUUCUACUCUCAUCAUUGGAGAACAUGGGCAGCUUGCUUCAUACAAGCAGCUUGGCGCCAGUUUAAAAGGAGAAAAAUGGUGAGAGAGCUCAGUAUGCGUGAGCCUUCGUUUGCGGAGUAUGAAGAUCUGCCAGAUGAGAGAGAAGAACACGAAGAAGAGGACUUUCUGUCUCUUACUCCCACAAGUAAUUCUUCUCAAGUAAUACAGAACCUGGGUGUUACCAUUUUGGCUUCAAGAUUUGCAGCCAAUACAAGGAGAGGAGCUCAGAAGAUGAAAGGUGUCGAGUCAUCCAAGUUACAGAAGCCUGAAGAGCCAGACUUCUCUGUGGAGCAGUAUGAUGACUAAUCCUCUCCCAGUUUAUGUGUCUUAGUGGUAUAUAAUAGCAGCAUCUUUCCAUCACCCAGAAGCCAAAUAGGUAUAAAGAACCCAGAAGGGAUCAUGAAUUACAGGUCUUUCUACUAGCAGAACGAUGAGCCGUAGUUCUCAACUUAGAGGAAUUUGCUGAUACGGAGUUAGAAGUUUGUGAAUUGUAUUAUGUUUGAUCAUUGCAUUGUAUCUAGUUUUGUAACUCAAUUUUGGUUUCAAGAUGUGAUCUUAGAGCAUCUUUGAAAUUAAGAUGUCAGCUCAUUCUUAUAUCAAAAUCAGCUUUAUUUUCA